AUGAGGGGAAGAGCUCUCUUUCCAAUUCUACAGGCCAGAAAAGACAACUUCAACCCUCUAGAGAAGAGUGCUAAAGCUGAAGAGAAAGCCUUAAAAAUAUUGGAUGAGAUUAUGGAGGAAUACAUUUCAGUUGUUACCCGUUAUGUUCAUGGAGCAAAUUCCUCAGGAGCUAGUCCUUUUAAAAGCUCUUCAGAUGAAGAUGAGAUCAUGGAUUUGUCAGAUGACUACAAUAUUGAAGAAGAUGAGCAAGUUGUUGCUCUUCUUAUUGAAAUGAGAAGUUUUUCAGCAGAGGAAAAAUGUCUAAUAGCUCAACCUGAAGUGAUUGAAGAGCCAACUCAAGCUCUUAUUUCCCGAGAAGAAGAAGUGUUGAAGUCCUCUAUUCUUGAAACAGAGGCAUCACAAGAAAAAGAAGCUGAAGUUAGUCAGCUUGAUGUUGCCAUAUCUGAGGGGGAACCCUCAAAAGACGAAGAAUCGGAGAAGAGAAAACUAUCCGAAAUUGUUCACAAGGUUUGUGAAGAUGUGGAGGAAGAAGAAGAAGAAGAAAAAUCUGAGAGUGAAUCAGAGAAGGAUGAACUCAAGCAGUCCAUGCAAGUUCAUACCAACAUCAGUCCCAUUCAGACUGCUCCAGCAGACUCUCAAGAGAUUUCGUCGAAUGAAGGAUCUUCGGCUGAAGGUACGAAACUUAUGAAGUCCAUGACUGCAUUGAUUGCAACUCUUCAGAAGAAUGUGGCAGAAAUGUGA